AUGACUGAUCCUUCCAACCGCGAGGAAUUGUUCCCUGAAAUUGGUACAGCUGCCCAGAAUGUUUCUGGCACCGACAAUGAAAGUACUGGCGUCCAGGAAGUUGAGUCUUUGUGCAUGCAAUGCCAUGAGAAUGGUAUCACAAGACUUUUCUUGACAGUCAUCCCUUACUUUCGAGAAAUCAUUUUAACUUCUUUUGAAUGCCCUCACUGUGGCUUCAAGAAUGCUCAGGUUCAACAUGCUGAGGCUGUUCAAACAGAGGGCUCUAGUUUCACUCUCCAAGUCAGCGAGAAAGAUGACCUUAAUCGUACUAUUGUCAAGAGCAACGAAGCUGUCAUCCGUAUCCCCGAGCUUCAAUUAGAAAUUCCUGGACGCCUUGGCCAAUUGACCACGAUUGAAGGGGUUUUAAGCAACAUUCAUGAUGACUUGUCUAAAGAUCAAGAGGCUCGUAAAGAAUCCAUUCCUGAAGUGUAUCAGCAAAUUUCUCAAUUUUUGGAACGCGUUCUUCAAUUCCGUAAUGGAGAGGCUCCUUUCACAUUUAUCCUUGAUGAUGUUACUGGUAAUAGUUGGGUUGAAAUGAGACCCGGUAAAGAUGGUAAUCGCUGGACUCAAGUUAAGUACAAGCGUACCCUUGAACAAAACCACAAAUUGGGUCUUGUUAACACAGAUGAAGGUCAAAAUCCUGAAACUAAGGAAAAUACUAAUGCACCUGCCACUUUGGCUCACGAUGCUACUGCCGUAGAGGUUGAUCCUAGCGAAGUUCACACCUUCCAUUCUACUUGCCCAUCUUGCUCCCAUCCUUGUGAUACACACAUGAAGCUUUUAGAUAUUCCCCAUUUCAAGGAAGUAAUUAUCAUGUCCACUGUCUGUGACCAUUGUGGUUACCGUUCUAACGAAGUUAAAACCGGUGGUGCAAUCCCUGAUAAGGGUCGCAAGAUCACUUUGAAGGUCAUGGACACUGAGGACCUUUCUCGUGAUAUCCUCAAAUCUGAAACUGCUUCCUUGCAAAUUGCUGAACUUGGUUUAGACUUGUAUCCCGGUACCUUAGGUGGCCGAUUCACUACCCUCGAGGGAAUUCUCACUCAAAUUUAUGAUGAGCUUUACGGCCGUGUUUUCUCUCAAGAAAGCGAUUCUAUGACCCCCGAACAAAUCGCAACCUGGCAGCAAUUCCUUAGCAACUUGACAAAUGCUAAAGAAGUUGGUACUCAAUUCACCGUUGUUUUGGAUGAUCCUUUGGCUCAAAGCUAUCUUCAAAACUUCUACGCACCUGAUCCUGAUCCAAACAUGGUAAUUGAACAGUACGAUCGAAGCUUUGAAAUGAAUGAAGAGCUUGGUCUUAAUGAUAUGAAGACUGAAAAUUACCAACAGCCUACUGCUGACACAAAAAAGGAAUAA